GAUCACAUUCCAGAAAUUACGUAACAGAGUGCAAAACGUACGAGAGGUUUCCUCUCUACAUUGUCUGUACGUGACAAUAUUGGUAAUUUGUGAUCUUCAGAGGGUUUAUAUUUUGGACAGCCUGUCUGAGCCACAGUCAUGGUGUGCAUUCCCUGUAUUGUGAUUCCUGUCCUGUUAUGGGUCUACAAGAGGUUCCUGGAGCCUAUCCUCUAUCCUUUUAUUUCUCCCAUAAUAAGUAAAUUCUGGACCAAAAAAGCCGUCCAGGAGAGUGGCACUAGUGACCAAAAAGUUAGUGAAAAGAUUAAUGGGACUUGCAAGGGUGAAAGCAUUGGUGAGGCCACUGCCAAUGGACCUACCACAGUAGCAGAUAAGAAGACAGAUUGACAGCACAAACUGUAUAAUGCAUUUAAAACUGUGUAAAUAUACCAUUAAUAUGAUAUAGAGAAACUAUGAAUUAUCAGUCUUGUUUGAA